CGUAUAUUUCGCCAGUCAGUAUUUUAUUGCCUUCUGUUCAGAACAUAUCUCUCCCAAAAUAUUAGAAAUUUCGUUUCAGUUUAGAUUUAUACGUUCUCAUUCCGAAUUUGUUCAACAACCAAAUCCAAAUCUAUUCUAAAAGUACAAAAUUUGUGUAAAAAAAAAGAACUCAGACUCACAUUGCGAUUGACUCAGUUUAAGAGCCAUGAAGAGCCAUCAGAUCAAUCUCUCGAGGCUGGCCAUCCGAACGGUGAAUGCCUCGAAGGCCACUGGCGGCAUUGUUGCCACCAUGCAGGGCAUUUACAAGCGCAGCAUGUCCACGGCUGCCCCCCCGCAAAACCGGAUACGACCGUCUAUGCCUAUGCCUGGGUCUGUUCAUGCCGAGAUGAGGACGCCACAUCUAUCGGCAGCGCAGCGACAGAACCAUGUCCAACCAAUAAGCUACAGCGAGGGGCGGAGUGUGAGAAUGGCCUUGGAGAUCAGCAAGUCCAUUUCGGAUGAGCUGAUGCCCAUCAACGAGGCGGUACGUUCAAGGAUCUGCGUCGUUCGUCGGGAAAACCAGAAGAGGGACCUGCUGCAGGGGUGGAAGCACCCGGCAAGGACCACAGCCACAGCCCAACAGUCGCCGAACAUGGACCACACAGAGGAUGUCUCGGAGGAAAUUUUAGGGAGGAAGGUGAAUCCGCUACGUCGCCAGAUCAAUAUCGCGAAGCCGAUGGAGCAGCUGCAAACCCAUACGAACAGGGCGGUGUCCAAACCGUCCUCCAGUAGAAACAGCAGCAGCACCGACUUGAAGAGGCGCAAGGCCUUUGCCAUGCAGCGCUACGUCUACACAUCGACGCGUCGCAACUCCAGGGCCUUGCAACACGACCAACGCAUGCGGUUGAGCGACUCACAGCCGAGUGCCUCCAUUUCGCUGGAAGACUUCGAAUUGAUGGACGUGCCCAUGGCCAGAGGAGCCCCCAAGCGACCCUCUGUUCGCCAAGCGACACAGGCACAGGAACCGUCGCUGCCUGUUUCAGCUCCAGCGCCUGCUGAGAAGCGCGAGGAACCCACACUGGUGACUUAUCAGCGAUACGACCAGCCCAAGAAGGAGCGCGACUUCCUGAGAAAACAUUUCUUUGGAGGCAUGGAUCCGCCUCUGUUGCAGCUGAAGUCCAAGGCGGCCGUCUCGGCGAAGAAGCAGCCGCCUGUCAAGGCGGCACGCGACGGCGAUGAUUCCGAGUUGAAGGAGCCUGAAGAUUCCUUCGUUUGGACGAACAUGAAAAAAGGGUAUGUCCAAGCGGAGGCAGACCGCGAGGCCUCCGAGCGGAACGUGCUGAGGGGCACCUUGAGCACAAGUCGCCAUACCGUCCCGAAACGCCUCGAUGACAUCCACUAUCCCUCCAUGCUAUUCGGGCGGCGUGACCAGUCCCAGCAGGUGGACUCUGACUCGACAGGGCACCCCAGCAACGACAACUCUAAGCGCAGUGUGUCCACGGGCAAGCCCAAGCCCUUGACAAUUGGCCAGGGCAAAAUGAGGCGGAAGCAGGUGCAGGACGAGAACCGACAAGUCUAUGCCUCCUCCAGCGUUGUCCGCCUGAAGGUCCCCGAGGCGUCGCAUAUGUCAAGUGGUAUAUUCAGCCAGGACUCCUCUAUCGUAAAUUCAUCAUCAAAGUUUCCUAAAAAUGAGGUGAAGCCAUUCCCGAAGAAGGCCGACGACGACCAAUACAAAGACGCCGAGUUGGACAUCGCAAUGCCUGAAAAAUACGUAAAGGAGUCGGCAUUUCAGCGCUUUGGUGGUCCCGUCAUAAAGCUCCGUCACAGCCGUGUCAAAAAGUGGUAGAAACAUAGCCAGAGGCAGUCUCUGAAGCAGUAACAGUACUCGUGCCAGUCGCAGUUCCAACAGAGUAUUGUAGAAGAGCCGAAGCAGGAAAACGGCGUUACCUCAGCAACUGCCAACACAGUCGUAGCAUUCGUUCAGUUUAUAUUUAGUAAUUAUCUGACAAAACUAAUCCCCAAAAUUUUGCAAGGAUUUUUCAUGGUGGAUUAAUUGAAAUUAAUGAUAAAAAAAAACGCUUUCGAAGAA